GGGUGGGCCCGAGCGCCGCCGGCCAGCGCCAUUGAGGAGCUGCGGAGAGGAAGCGCCGCGCAGCGCCGGACUGGGGCGGGCGGCCCCGGACACCGACAGAUUCUCCUGUGACCAUGAGAGAGAGAAAUAAAGUAUGAUCCAUGGUUUUUAACCACCUUUUCCUGAGGAUAUAGUCAUGUUGGAAGGUCUUGUAGCCUGGGUCCUCAAUACCUAUCUGGGGAAAUACGUCAAUAACCUCAACACUGACCAGCUCUCGGUUGCGCUUCUGAAAGGUGCUGUUGAAUUAGAAAACUUGCCCUUAAAGAAAGAUGCCUUGAAAGAACUGGAGUUACCGUUUGAAGUCAAAGCUGGCUUAAUUGGCAAAGUAACCCUUCAGAUUCCUUUUUAUCGCCCCCAUGUGGACCCUUGGGUGAUCUCCAUCUCCAGCCUUCAUUUAAUUGGAGCCCCUGAAAAAAUUCAGGAUUUCAAUGAUGAAAAGGAAAAACUGUUGGAAAGGGAACGCAAGAAAGUACUACUUCAAGCCCUGGAGGAAAAAUGGAAGAAUGAACGGCAGCAGAAAGGGGAAUCCUAUUGGUAUUCAGUUACUGCCUCAGUAGUUACCAGAAUUGUGGAGAAUAUUGAACUAAAAAUUCAAGAUGUCCAUUUGCGCUUUGAAGAUGGUGUUACCAAUCCUCCCCAUCCUUUUGCAUUUGGCGUCUGCAUUAAGAAUGUGUCCAUGCAAAAUGCUGUCAAUGAGCCUGUACAGAAAUUAAUGCGGAAAAAGCAAUUAGAUGUGGCAGAGUUUAGCAUCUAUUGGGAUGUUGAUUGCGCUUUAUUGGGGGAUUUGCCUCAGGCGGAGUUACAGGAGGCGAUGGGCAGGAGUAUGGAGAGCCGCAAUCAUCACUACAUCUUGGAGCCUGUGUGUGCAUCUGCCCUUUUGAAGAGAAACUGCUCCAAAGAGCCUCUGAGGUCUCGGCACUCUCCCCGAAUUGAAUGCGAUAUUCAGCUGGAGACCAUUCCCUUGAAACUUUCUCAGCUGCAAUAUCGGCAAAUCAUGGAAUUCCUCAAGGAGCUGGAACGAAAGGAGAGGCAGGUGAAGUUCCGAAAAUGGAAACCAAAAGUGGCAGUAUCUGAGAACUGCCGAGAAUGGUGGUGUUUUGCCUUGAACGCUAACUUAUAUGAGAUCAGAGAGCAGAGGAAAUGCUGUACCUGGGACUUUCUCUUGCACCGUGCCCGCGAUGCUGUGUCUUACACUGACAAGUAUUUCAACAAGUUAAAAGGAGGCUUGCUGUCUGCAGAUGACAAGGAGGAAAUUUGUCGGAUUGAAGAGGAACAGAGCUUUGAGGAACUGAAGAUUUUGCGUGAACUGGUUCACGAACGAUUUCAUAAACAAGAAGAAUUGGUAGAGAGUCUACGAGAGCCUCAAUUUGAUUCUCCGGGAGACUCUCCUGGAGACCCAGAGACCAGUGGCGGCAGUGGGAUGCUGCAGUAUCUUCAGUCCUGGUUUCCUGGGUGGGGUGGCUGGUAUGGGCAGCAAACCCCUGAGGGAAAACCAGUGGAGGGCCUGUCAGCAGAGCAGCCUGAACAGUGGACUCCUGAAGAGAUCCUGGGCACAGAUGAGUUUUUUGAUCCCACUGCAGAUGCCUCUUGUCUGAACACCUUCACAAAGCGAGAUCAUGUCUUUGCCAAACUGAAUGUGCAGCUGCAGCGUGGUACAGUGACUCUGCUGCACAAGGAGCAAGGGACCCCUCAAGUGAACGAAAGUGCUUUCAUGCAGCUUGAGUUCUCAGAUGUGAAACUUUUAGCAGAAUCUCUUCCUCGAAGAAAUUCCUCCUUGCUUUUAGUCCGGUUGGGUGGACUAUUUCUUCGAGACCUGGCUACCGAGGGGACUAUGUUUCCUCUUCUCGUGUUCCCUAAUCCACAAAAAGAAGUUGGCAGAGUCUCACAGUCUUUUGGUCUCCAAACAACAUCUUCAGACAGAAGUGAUCAUUAUGCUGCUGCUGAUCGAAAUGAUCCAGUGUUUGAGAUGCUAUAUGAGAGGAAUCCAGCACACAGCCAUUUUGAGAGGCGGCUGAAUGUCAGCACAAGGCCCUUGAACAUCAUCUAUAAUCCCCAGGCUAUUAAAAAAGUAGCUGACUUUUUCUACAAGGGAAAGGUUCAUACCUCAGGUUUUGGUUAUCAGUCUGAACUUGAAUUGAGAGUGGCUGAAGCUGCCAGAAGACAAUACAACAAACUAAAGAUGCAGACCAAGGCUGAAAUCCGACAAACUCUUGAUCGUUUGCUAGUGGGUGAUUUCAUUGAAGAAAGUAAGCGGUGGAGUGUGCGACUAGAUAUUUCUGCCCCUCAGGUGAUAUUUCCCGAUGAUUUCAAAUUCAAGAAUCCCGUGUUAGUUGUUGUGGAUCUAGGAAGAAUGUUACUGACAAAUACCCAAGAUGACUCCAAGAGGAAGAGCGGGGAUGGGUCAGCAUCUGAAGAGAAUCAAUUUAGUGAUGAUGAAUACAAGACCCCUCUUGCCACACCUCCUAAUACCCCACCUCCUGAGACAAGCAGCAGUAGUGGAGAGAAGACACCUCCAUUUUCGGGAGUUGAAUUCAGUGAAGAACAGCUUCAGGCACAUUUAAUGAGCACAAAGAUGUACGAGAGGUACUCCCUGUCGUUUAUGGACCUCCAGAUCAUGGUUGGACGAGUGAAAGACAAUUGGAAGCACGUCCAGGAUAUUGAUGUGGGGCCAACUCAUGUGGUAGAGAAAUUCAAUGUUCAUCUACAGUUAGAACGCCGAUUGAUUUAUACUUCAGAUCCCAAAUACCCAGGAGCAGUGCUCUCAGGCAACUUACCAGACUUAAAGAUCCACAUCAAUGAAGAUAAAAUAUCCGCUCUCAAGAAUUGCUUUUCUCUUUUGACCUCCUCAGAAAUGAAGACUUCUGACACUCAGAUUAAAGAGAACAUUUUUACCCAAGAGGCACAGCGGGGAAGUUUGCAAGACUCGGUAAUGAAUUUAACCCAGAGCAUUGUGAUGUUGGAGCAGCACACCCGGGAGGUCCUGGUGGAGUCACAGCUCCUCCUUGCUGAAUUUAAAGUUAACUGUAUGCAGCUUGGCGUUGAGAGCAAUGGCCGGUAUAUUUCUGUGCUCAAGGUAUUUGGUACCAAUGCUCACUUUGUGAAGAGGCCUUAUGAUGCUGAAGUCUCCCUAACUGUUCAUAGUCUACUCCUGGUGGAUACCAUGCAGACAUAUGGUGCCGAUUUUGACCUUUUGAUGGCUUCACACAAGAACUUGAGUUUUGAUAUUCCAACAGGAAGCCUCCGGGAUAGCCGGGCCCAGUCCCCUGUCUCUGGACCCAGUGUGGCCCACUUAACCGAUGCAGCCGCACUGAAUGAUCGAUCAGCUGCUAGUGUUUCACUUGACAGAAUUCUCACCAAAGAACAAGAGUCCCUCAUUAAAUUGGAGUAUCAGUUUGUGAGUUCAGAGUGUCCAUCGAUGAAUUUGGACAGCACUCUUCAGGUGAUAUCAUUACAAGUGAAUAAUUUGGAUAUUAUUCUGAAUCCAGAGACAAUUGUAGAACUGAUUGGUUUUCUUCAGAAAUCUUUCCCCAAGGAAAAAGAUGAUUUGAGUCCUCAGCCUUUAAUGACUGAUUUUGAAAGGAGCUUUAGGGAACAAGGAACUUAUCAAUCUACAUAUGAACAGAACACUGAGGUUGCGGUGGAAAUCCAUAGGCUUAACUUACUGCUCCUUCGGACAGUGGAAAUGGCAAACGGAGAGAAAUACGGCAGAAAAAUUGCAACCGCAAGUAUAGGUGGCACCAAAGUUAACGUGUCAAUGGGUAGCACAUUUGAUGUGAAUGGCUCCCUUGGCUGUUUGCAGCUUAUGGAUUUGACACAAGAGAAUGUUAAAAACCAAUAUGUUGUCAGCAUUGGGAAUUCCAUAGGCUAUGAAAAUAUCAUCAGUGACAUUGGCUACUUUGAAUCUGUAUUUGUCAAAAUGGAAGAUGUAGCCCUCACUGAAGCUUUGAGUUUUACAUUUGUUGAGAAAUCUAAACAGGAGUGUAUUCUCAACCUCAAGAUGGCUUCCUUGCAUUAUAACCACUCUGCUAAAUUUUUGAAGGAGUUGACAUUAUCCAUGGAUGAGCUGGAGGAAAAUUUUAGAAGUAUGCUGAAAAGUGCAGCCACCAAGGUCACCACAGUACUAGCUACCAAAACCGCUGAGUACAGCGAGAUGAUAUCACUCUUUGAAACUCCCAGGAAGACUCGGGAGCCUUUUAUCUUAGAAGAAAAUGAGAUCUAUGAGUUUGGCCUAGCCGCAUCUCAUUCUGACACCGUGAAGCUCAUCUUGAACAUAAACAUUGAAUCGCCAGUUGUUUCUAUCCCUCGGAAGCCUGGGAGUCCUGAGUUGUUGGUAGGACACUUGGGACAGAUAGUCAUCCAGAAUUUUGUGACAGAAGAUGAUGAGUCCAGAAAUGACCGUCUGCAAGUGGAAAUCAAAGAUAUUAAACUAUAUUCUUUGAAUUGCUCCCAGCUGGCAGGCAGAGAGGGUCCUGGGUCUGAAGGAAGCCGGGCAGUUUGGCCUCCUUCUGGGUCUGCCAGUGUCAGUAGUCAGGAGGAAACUCCUUUCACCCGCCAUGAUUUCUUUGAGUCUUUGCAUAGAGGUCAAGCUUUUCACAUCCUGAACAACACCACCAUCCAGUUUAAACUGGAGAAGAUCCCUAUAGAGAGGGAAUCGGAAUUGACUUUCUCCCUUAGUCCAGACGACCUGGGAACUUCUAGCAUCAUGAAGAUUGAAGGGAAAUUUGUUAAUUCAGUUCAGGUGGUGUUAGCAAAGCAUGUGUAUGAGCAGGUAUUACAGACGCUGGACAAUCUUGUGUAUAGUGAAGAUCUGAAUAAGUUUCCAGUCAGUGCUACCGCCUCACCUUGCCCUCAUUCUCCUCUGCCUUCCCUCAGUUCCAGUGGAGAGCCUUCUGUUGAAAGGAAGGAGAAUGGGUUGUUCAGCCACUCCAGCCUUUCUAACUCUUCUCAAAAGUCCUUGUCUGUGAAGGAAGUCAAAUCCUUCACCCAGAUUCAAGCCAACUUUUGUAUAUCAGAGCUUCAAGUUCAGCUAAGUGGAGAUUUGACUUUGGGGGCCCAGGGUCUUGUGAGCUUAAAGUUUCAGGAUUUUGAGGUGGAAUUCAGUAAAGACCAUCCUCAGACUUUAUCCAUUCAGAUUGCACUGCGCUCUCUCCUGAUGGAAGAUUUAUUGGAGAAAAAUCCAGAUUCCAAGUAUAAGAACCUGAUGGUGUCUCGGGGAGCCCCUAAGCCAUCUAGUUUAGCACAGAAAGAAUACCUUUCUCAGUCUUGCCCUUCGGUAUCCAAUGCGGAGUAUCCUGAUAUGCCUCGGUCUCUCCCUUCUCACAUGGAAGAAGCUCCUAAUGUUUUUCAGUUAUACCAAAGGCCCACCUCUGCAUCACGGAAAAAGCAAAAGGAAGUCCAAGACAAGGACUAUCCCUUAACUCCACCACCUUCUCCAACAGUAGAUGAGCCCAAGAUACUUGCUGGGAAGAGUAAAUUUGAUGAUUCCUUGGUCCACAUCAAUAUAUUCAUGGUGGAUAAGAAACACCCAGAAUUUUCUUCCAGUUACAGCCGAGUUAACCGGAGCAUUGAUGUUGAUUUUAACUGCUUGGAUGUUCUGAUCACACUGCAAACCUGGGUUGUGAUACUAGAUUUUUUUGGAAUUGGCUCCACUGCAGACAACCAUGCAAUGAAGGCGCCGGCUGAGGAUAUCUUACAAAACGUGAAGUCAGAGUCAAAUGCUUUGACAGAGUCUGAACUUCAGGAUCCAGUUAACACCAAGCUAGAUCUCAAGGUCCACUCACUCUCUCUUGUGCUGAAUAAGACCACCAGUGAGCUUGCUAAAGCGAAUGUGUCUAAACUAAUGGCACACCUGGAAAUGAUUGAGGGAGACCUGGCCUUGCAGGGCAGCAUUGGGAGUCUCUCUCUAAGUGACCUUACAUCCCACGGAGAGUUCUACAGAGAACGAUUCACUACAAGCGGAGAAGAAGCACUCAUCUUCCAGACUUUUAAAUAUGGACGGCCUGACCCUCUGCUCCGGAGGGAACAUGAUGUCCGAGUGAGCCUCCAGAUGGCCUCUGUGCAAUAUGUGCACACUCAGCGCUUUCAGGCCGAGGUGGUGGCCUUCAUUCAGCAUUUCACCCAGCUGCAAGAUGUCUUAGGGCGCCAGCGAGCUGCUAUUGAGGGGCAGACGGUGAGAGAUCAAGCCCAGCGUGGCUCCCGGGUUCUCUUGGAUAUUGAGGCUGGUGCUCCUGUUGUCCUUAUCCCAGAAAGUUCCAGAUCAAAUAAUCUGAUUGUAGCAAAUUUGGGCAAGUUGAAAGUGAAGAACAAGUUUCUCUUUGCUGGUUUUCCUGGGACCUUUUCCUUACAAGAUAAGGAAUCUGUCCCUUCAGCUUCCCCAGUGUGUACUCCCAAACACAGUAUUAGGAAAAUGACAAGCACGGAGGACUCCAGAGGGACCCAUUCUGAGGGGCUCUUCAUGAUGCGUCCUGCUGGAAUGAGUUUAGGCUGUCUGAAGAGUGAGUUUACAUCGAGUACCUUGACCAAGCAGCAAGGGCAACAAGCUACGUCCUCUGUCGGCCAAGUUUCCAGUAGUCCAGAAGACCAUGUCUGCCUGCUAGAUUGCAUCGUUGUGGACCUACAGGACAUGGACAUCUUUGCUGCAGAGAGGCAUCCGCGAGAGUACUCUAAGGCAUCAGAGGACAACAGCGGCGAUCUGAUCUUCCCUUCCUAUUUUGUGCGACAGACAGGAGGAAGCCUCUUAACUGAGCCUUGUAGGCUGAAAUUGCAGGUGGAAAGGAAUUUGGAUAAAGAAAUAAGUCAUACUGUGCCAGAUAUGUCUAUCCAUGGCAACCUAUCCUCAGUCCACUGCUCCCUGGACUUAUAUAAAUACAAGCUGAUCCGUGGCUUAUUAGAGAACAACCUUGGAGAGCCCAUAGAGGAAUUUAUGCGGCCUUACGAUUUACAAGAUCCAAGAAUUCAUACUGUUCUGAGUGGAGAAGUGUACACUGGCAUGUGUUUCCUCGUUGAUAUGGUAAAUGUGAGUCUGGAGCUUAAAGAUCCAAAAGGAAAAGAAGGUGCUGGGUCCCUAGCCAGAUUUGACUUCAAGCAAUGUAAAUUGCUCUAUGAGAGUUUUUCCAACCAAACCAAGUCCAUUAACUUGGUUUCCCAUUCCAUGAUGGCUUUUGACACCCGCUAUGCUGGGCAGAAGACGAGCCCUGGCCUGACAAACGUGUUCAGCUGCAUCUUUCAGCCCUCCAAGAACAGCAGCACCACCCAGGGUUCCAUUCAGAUUGAACUACAUUUCAGAUCUACCAAGGAUUCCUCCUGUUUCACAGUAGUUCUCAACAAUCUCCGUGUGUUUCUCAUAUUUGACUGGCUACUGUUAGUCCAUGAUUUUCUCCACACUCCCAGUGAUAUUAAGAAACAAGACAUUGUUACUCCUCGCCACCGUAACUCUAGCAGCGAAUCUGCUGUAGUCCCCAAAACUGUGAAGAGUGGGGUAGUUACCAAGCGGUCUUCCCUUCCUGUGUCCACUGAAAGGCACCUGGAGGUCAAGGUCAAUGUAACAGGCACAGAGUUUGUGGUGGUUGAAGAUGUGUCCUGCUUCGAUACCAAUGCCAUCAUUCUGAAAGGCACCACAGUGCUCACCUAUAAGCCCCGUUUUGUCGACCGCCCCUUUUCAGGAAGUUUGUUUGGCAUCGAGGUGUUUUCAUGCCGACUAGGAAGUGAACAUGAUACAGCUCUUUCAAUUGUUGAUCCAGUACAAAUUCAGGUGGAGCUGGUGGGGAAUUCUUCUUAUCAGAAUAGUUCGGGAUUGAUGGAUGCAUUCAACAGUGAAGAUUUCCCACCUGUCUUAGAGAUUCAGUUACAAGCCCUGGAUAUCAGACUCUCCUAUAAUGAUGUUCAGCUGUUUCUUGCCAUUGCAAAAUCCAUCCCUGAGCAAGCUAAUACCGCUAUGCCAGACUCGGUGGCCUUGGAGACCGACUCUGUUAGCAGUCACCUUCCCAGUUCAUCUCGUGUCAGCGAGGAAAUGAGAGAAGGGACGAGACGUACCUUAGAUCCUGUCUUGGAGUUACAACUAGCUAGACUGCAGGAGCUGGGAUUCAGCAUGGAUGAUUGUCGCAAAGCUCUUUUGUUGUGUCAAGGCCAAUUGAAAAAGGCAGCGAGUUGGUUGUUUAAGAAUGCUGAGCCUCUGAAGUCUCUUUCCCUGGCCUCCAAGAGCCGAGAUAGCCAGGGGACUGUGCCGGCACCGUUGGUCUCUGGAGUGGAGAUUAAAGCAGAAAGUGUGUGCAUCUGUUUUAUUGAUGACUGCAUGGAUUGUGAUGUUCCUCUCGCUGAGCUCACCUUUUCCCGUCUGAAUUUUCUUCAGCAUGUGAGAACCAGCCCUGAAGGCUACGCCCACUUCACCCUUUCUGGAGAUUACUAUAACCGUGCCCUGUCAGGCUGGGAGCCAUUUAUUGAGCCAUGGCCGUGCUCCGUAUCCUGGCAACAACAGGCAGCCAGUCGUCUCCAUCCUCCUCGGCUGAAACUGGAAGCCAAGGCCAAACCCCGGUUGGAUAUCAAUAUCACUUCUGUACUAAUUGACCAGUAUGUUAGUACCAAAGAAUCAUGGAUGGCAGAUUACUGUAAACAGGACAAGGAAAUAGAUUCAACGAAAUCAGAAGACUGGAUGGGCUCUUCAGUGGAUCCACCAUGCUUUGGACAAAGCCUCCCCCUUGUCUACCUUAGAACUAGGAGCACAGCCAGUCUGACUAACCUAGAGCACCAGAUCUAUGCUAGAGCAGAGGUGAAGACCCCCAAGCGUCGGCAGCCCUUUGUCCCUUUUGCUCUCAGAAAUCACACGGGAUGCACUUUGUGGUUUGCCACCCUGACCACCACGCCCACCAGGGCUGCACUGUCUCACAGUGGGAGUCCAGGGCUAGUUCCAGAAGAGAAUGGAACAUUGCUUGAUGAUGGCCACAAUGUUAGUGAAUGGCGAGAAGUCCUCACUGGUGAAGAGAUUCCCUUUGAAUUUGAAGCAAGAGGAAAGCUAAGACACAGACACACCCAUGACCUCCGGAUUCAUCAACUGCAAGUGAGAGUAAAUGGCUGGGAGCAAGUGAGCCCAGUGUCUGUGGAUAAAGUUGGGACCUUUUUCCGAUACGCAGCACCAGACAAGAAUUCAUCGUCUUCUACGAUCGGCAGCCCAAGCAGCAGAACAAAUAUUAUACAUCCCCAGGUUUAUGAACUUGCAAGAAAAUGUUUUUCACCUAAGUUCUCGUCUCUCCCACCUGUCCGGGUGGUCUUUGCAGUGACUAUGGAAGGCAGUGCUCGGAAAGUGAUCACUGUCCGCUCAGCCCUCAUUGUAAGGAACAAACUUGAGACACCAAUGGAGCUAAGACUGGACAGCCCAUCAGCUCCAGACAAGCCAGUGGUGCUUCCAGCUGUCAUGCCAGGGGAUUCCUUUGCUGUGCCUUUACACCUCACUUCUUGGCGGCUACAGGCUCGGCCCAAAGGAUUGGGUGUUUUCUUCUGUAAGGCUCCCAUUCACUGGACCAAUGUAGUGAAGACCAUGGAGGUUAGUAGCAGCAAACGAGAGUGCCACUCUAUGGACACGGAAAAAAGCCGAUUCUUCAGGUUUUGUGUGGCUAUAAAGAAAGAGAAUUAUCCAGAUUACAUGCCCUCAAACAUAUUUUCUGAUAGUGCAAAACAGAUUUUCAGACAGCCCGGGCAUACCAUUUAUCUCCUGCCAACUGUGGUAAUCUGCAACUUGCUACCUUGUGAACUUGAUUUUUAUGUUAAAGGAAUGCCAAUUAAUGGAACACUGAAACCUGGCAAAGAGGCAGCUCUCCACACAGCUGAUACAUCCCAGAACAUUGAACUGGGGGUAUCACUGGAGAAUUUCCCAGUCUGUAAAGAAUUACUCAUUCCACCUGGAACCCAAAACUAUAUGGUGAGAAUGCGACUCUAUGACAUCAACCGGCGGCAGCUAAACCUCACCAUCCGGAUUGUGUGUCGAGCAGAAGGAUCUUUAAAGAUCUUCAUUUCUGCUCCAUAUUGGCUGAUUAACAAAACAGGGUUACCACUGAUCUUCAGACAGGACAAUGCAAAGACAGAUGCUGCAGGCCAGUUUGAGGAACAUGAGCUGGCCCGGAGCCUGAGCCCUCUCUUAUUCUGCUAUGCUGACAAAGAGCAGCCAAACCUCUGCACGAUGAGAAUCGGAAGGGGGAUUCAUCCCGAAGGCAUGCCAGGCUGGUGUCAGGGCUUCUCACUGGAUGGUGGUAGUGGUGUCCGAGCUUUGAAAGUCAUCCAGCAAGGAAAUCGCCCGGGGCUGAUCUAUAACAUCGGUAUCGAUGUCAAGAAAGGCCGUGGUCGAUAUAUUGACACCUGUAUGGUCAUCUUUGCCCCCCGUUACCUGUUAGAUAAUAAAUCAUCUCACAAGCUUGCAUUUGCACAGAGAGAAUUUGCCAGGGGACAGGGAACAGCGAAUCCCGAAGGUUACAUUUCCACCCUUCCUGGUUCCAGUGUGGUGUUCCACUGGCCUCGGAAUGACUAUGAUCAACUAUUAUGUGUUAGAUUGAUGGAUAUUCCCAAUUGUAUUUGGUCUGGAGGCUUUGAAGUCAAUAAGAAUAAUUCCUUCCAUAUCAACAUGAGAGAUACCCUGGGAAAAUGCUUCUUCCUAAGAGUGGAAAUUACCCUCCGAGGAGCUACCUAUAGGAUCUCAUUUAGUGACACAGAUCAAUUACCCCCUCCUUUCCGAAUUGACAACUUUUCCAAGGUCCCAGUUGUCUUUACCCAGCAUGGCGUGGCAGAACCCAGGCUCCGGACUGAAGUGAAGCCCAUGACUUCAUUGGAUUACGCAUGGGAUGAACCCACCCUGCCACCUUUUAUCACUUUGACUGUUAAAGGGGCAGGCUCCUCUGAGAUCAACUGUAACAUGAAUGAUUUCCAGGAUAACCGACAGCUUUAUUACGAAAAUUUCAUUUACAUUGCUGCUACAUAUACAUUCUCUGGCUUGCAGGAGGGAACAGGAAGGCCUGUGGCUUCCAACAAGACCGUUACCUGUGCAGAGCUUGUCUUGGAUGUCUCACCAAAGACACAAAGAGUCAUUUUAAAGAAGAAGGAACCGGGAAAGCGCUCUCAGCUCUGGAGGAUGACAGGAGCAGGCAUGCUGGCCCAUGAGGGCUCUUCAGUUCCUCACAACCCCAAUAAGCCCUCUGCAGCCCGCUCCUCCGAAGGCUCUGCCAUCCUAGAUAUUGCUGGCCUUGCUGCAGUAACUGACAACAGGUACGAGCCCCUGAUGCUAAGAAAGCCUGACCGCAGGCGAAGCACAACUCAGACAUGGAAUUUCCGAGAAGGCAGACUGACCUGUGGGUUACACGGGUUGGUUGUUCAGGCUAAAGGUGGGCUUUCUGGUCUGUUUGAUGGAGCUGAAGUUGUUCUUGGGCCUGAUACUUCGAUGGAGCUCUUGGGGCCAGUUCCACCUGAACAACAAUUUAUUAACCAAAAAAUGAGGCCUGGUUCUGGAGUAUUAGCCAUCAGAGUCAUCCCAGAUGGACCAACUAGAGCACUCCAGAUAACAGAUUUCUGCCAGCGGAAAAGCGACCGUUCAUCAUACGAAGUGGAUGAACUUCCUGUUACUGAACAAGAGCUGCGGAAAUUAAGGAAUCCAGUUACAGAGCAGGAAUUGGAAGUGCUUGUGAAGUUGGAAGGUGGAAUCGGGUUGUCCUUAAUUAAUAAAGUCCCAGAAGAACUGGUCUUUGCAAGCCUUACAGGAAUCAGUGUGCACUAUACACAGCUGGCAACCAGUCACAUGCUUGAACUCAACAUACAGGAUGUACAGGUGGACAAUCAGCUUAUCGGUACCACUCAGCCCUUCAUGCUCUAUGUGACACCCCUGAGCAACGAGAACGAGGUCAUUGAGACAGGUCCUGCUGUGCAAGUCAAUGCUGUGAAGUUCCCCAGUAAAAGCGCACUGACCAACAUCUACAAGCAUCUGAUGAUCACGGCUCAGAGAUUCACCGUGCAAAUUGAGGAGAAGUUGCUCCUCAAGCUGCUAAGUUUCUUCGGCUAUGACCAAGCAGAAUCAGAGGUAGAAAAAUAUGAUGAGAAGCUCCAUGAAGAGACAGCCGAGCAAGGUGGAACACCAAUUCGAUACUACUUUGAAAAUCUUAAGAUCAGUGUCCCCCAGAUCAAGCUGAGUGUGUUCACAUCCAACAAGCUGCCAUUGGACCUAAAGGCCCUAAAAAGUACCUUGGGAUUUCCAUUGAUUCGGUUUGAAGACGCUGUGAUUAACCUGGAUCCAUUUACUCGGGUACACCCCUAUGAGACCAAGGAGUUUAUCAUCAAUGAUAUCCUCAAACAUUUCCAGGAGGAACUCCUCAGCCAGGCAGCUCGUAUCCUGGGAUCAGUGGAUUUUCUCGGCAAUCCCAUGGGGCUCUUGAAUGAUGUUUCUGAAGGGGUUACUGGACUGAUAAAGUAUGGCAAUGUUGGGGGUCUUAUCAGAAAUGUUACACAUGGAGUAUCAAACUCUGCUGCCAAGUUUGCGGGGACAUUAUCCGAUGGCUUAGGGAAGACUAUGGACAAUCGGCAUCAGUCAGAGCGGGAGUACAUCAGAUACCACGCGGCCACCAGUGGCGAGCACCUUGUAGCUGGCAUCCAUGGCCUGGCUCAUGGUAUCAUUGGUGGAUUGACCAGCGUUAUAACCUCAACAGUGGAAGGAGUGAAAACAGAAGGGGGUGUCAGUGGUUUCAUAUCCGGCCUUGGGAAAGGGCUCGUUGGCACUGUAACCAAGCCAGUGGCAGGUGCCCUGGAUUUUGCAUCAGAAACAGCCCAGGCGGUGAGAGACACAGCCACACUCAGUGGUCCCAGUAUAAUGUUGCUGAAGGAAAUGGGGCUGACACAACAGGAAACCUACCCGUCUCAGCGGAGGCUACGGUGGUGGCAGAGGUGGUUUGAUGCCGACACAGGAGUGUUCUUGUCAAGCUGCGGAGACUCCGGCACGGUUCUGAUUUCCCGUCCCUGCUGCCCAUCCUCCUCUAGGGCUGUUAGUAGCCUCACUUUCUGGCUUCCCACAGUUGAGCCCAAAUGCUAAACCAGAGCAGGUGGAACGCUGUCCCACAGAAUGGCCUGCUCCUCCAGCGUUUUCACUGUCAGAGGCAGGCAGCCCUAGGGGCUCUGUCACUUCACCGGGUUAGGCUUGCAGACAUGGGUGUAGUGUUACAGCAAGGCAUGGAGAAGCCUGGGUUCUCACAGUGAAUGCCACAUUGAGUAAAUGGGCACACCGACAAGGAUUUGGCCUCUAAGUAUAGUAAAAGAGAAAUGUCUGUCUGUGUUCAGAGGACCCUAGGAAAAAUGUGUUAAAGGGUUGUUAUGGAUUGAAUUCUGUCCCCCAAAAAUGUGUGUCAACUUGGCUUAGGCCAUGACUCCCAGUGUUGUGUGGUUGUCCUCCAUUUUGUGAUCUGAUAUAAUUACAUUAUUGUAAAUCCUAAUCUCUUAUGAGUUACUAAGGCAGGAUUAGAGGCAGUUAUGUUAAUGAGGCAGGACACAAUCUACAGGAUUAGGUUGUAUUUUGAGUCAAUCUUUUUUGAGAUAUAAAAGAGAGAAGCAAGCAGAGAGGAGAGGGACCUCCUACCACAGAGAAAGAAGAGCUAGGAGCAGAGUGCAUCCUUUGGACCUGAAGUCCCUGCUCUUAGAAACUCUUAGAUCCUGAGAAGAAUUGAUGACAAGGACCUUCCUAUAGAGCCAACAGAGAGAGAAAGCCUUCCCCUGGAGCUGGCACCCUGAAUUUGGACUGAUAGCCUCCUAGAUUGUGAGAAAAUGAAUUUCUGCUUGUUACAGCCAUCCAUUUGUGGUAUUUCUGUUACAGCAGCACUGCGUAACCAAGGGGUUGUUUAGCCCUGUCCAUUAGCCCGUCACAUCCUUUGGCCAGACUGGGGACCUGUAUAUGCUUUAUCCAUGCCUUUUAGCAAGAUAUACAUAUAUAUCUGUCAUUUCCAGACAGCUGCACGUCUGCAAUGGACAAGGUAGAUCCAAGCCGUGGAUGAUGCUGUUUAGAUAUUGACCCAGAUAUUGAAUGUGUACAUAUACCAGACACAAUUUGAAGCACGUUACAUUUGUUACUGUCAUUACUAUUUAAUCCUCACAGUGACCCAGUGGGGUGGGUAUUGUAAUUUUGCCCGUUUCACAGAUGCGAAGGUUGAGGCACAGAGAGAUUAUAUAAGUUGUCGAAGAUCUCAAAGGUAGUAAGAAAAGGAAUCAGAACUUGAACUCUGGCAGUCUAAAUUCAGAGCACAUACUCUUUCCUUCUGUGCUACUUCUGAAUCAUUUCUUGGCCUGUCCCAUCAAAAGACCCCAUGGGUUUUAAAUGCUAGCAAGUGGCCAUUUAAGAUCCAUCAAUUGGUCUCAACCCACCUGGAGCAAAGGAGAAUGAAGAACACUGAAGACACAAGGUAAUUAUGAGCCCAAGAGACAGAAAGGGCCACAUAAACCAGAGACUCCACCAGCCUGAGACCAGAAGAACUAGAUGGUGCCCAGCUACCGCCGAUGUCUGCCCUAACAGGAAACACACAGAGAAUGCCUGAUGGAUCAGAACAGUGGGAUGCAGACCUCAAAUUCUCAUAGAAAGACCAGACUUAAUGGUCUGACUGAGACUGGAGGGGCCCCAGAGGUCAUGGCCCCUGGACUCUCUGUUAGCCCAAAACUGGAACCAUUCCCAAAGCCAACUCUUCAGACAGGGAUUGGACUGGACUAUAAGACAUAAGAUGAUACUGGUGAGGAGUAAGCUUGGUUCAAGUAGACACAUGAGACUAUGUGGGCAGCUCCUGUCUGGAGGUGAGAUGAGCAGGCAGAGGGGGACAGGCGCUCACUGAAUGGACACGGGGAACACAGGGUGGGGAGGAGGAGUAUGCUGUCGCAUUAGGGGGAGAGUACCUAAGGGUACACAGCAAGGUACACACCUAACAUAAGUUUUUGUAUGAGAGACUGACUUGACUUAUAAACUUUCACUUAAAGCACAAUAAAAAUUUGUUUAAAAAAAGACCCCAUGGUUUAAAUCUGAGUUACCUUAUCCUUCUGAUUCUUGGAUAUGGAGAGAUGGGAACUGGAUAUCUGCCUACAACCAAGAAGAUGUGGCAGAGAUGCUAAUGCAGUUAGAGGGACAAAGGCACUAUAAACUUUGGGUCUCACAGUGUGAGAUCCACCCUCUGCUAGCUUAACUCAGAGAUAGGGUAAAGGGUUAACUAUAGCCAGGAAGUGCUCUGUUCAAAGGUUUCUUUGGGUCAGACAGCAAUGGGCCUGAGCAUGGGAGACACUACCUGUCAGUGUCGGUGCCUGGAGAGCCAGGUGGCUGAGCUGUGUCUCCAGAACCUCUGCUGCCUCUGGUCCUCCCUCCUAGACCCUCCUCAGAUGAUGAACCACUGAAGCCUUCCUUGUCCAAGUUCAGAAUUUGCCAGUAUCACAGAACAGUGUUGGAACAUUCUGACUCCAAUAUUGUCUUUGCUUGUCUUAAACUAGAUCAUGGUUCUGCCAUCUGGCCAAGACCAUCUUUGCCAGGUGGUCACCUGGGAAUUUCAGCUGGAGCACAGUAUAAAGUCUUGGAUUUGUGUGCCCAAGCAGCAUGUGCUCAGCAUGCUGCUAUAACCACCUUUUGGUGGCCAGGAUAAUUUGCUUGUUUUGGUCCUAUGGGCCUGAAGAAAGACUUCUAGAGGUAGGAGAAGAGGCUAAACAGCUGCCCAAUCCUGAGAUACAGGGUUCUGUGUUAGUUUUUGACUAUGCAAAAACAUUUGACUGUGUGGAUCAUAACAAAUUAUGGAUAACAUCGUGAAAAAUGGGAAUUCAGGAAUACUUAAUUGUGCUCAUGUGGUACCUAUACAUAGACCAAGAGGCAGUCAUUCAGACAGAACAAGGGGAUACUGCAUAGUUUAAAAUCUAGAAAGGUGUGCAUCAGGGUUGUACCCUUUCACCAUACUUAUUCAGUCUGUGUGCUGAGCAAAUAACCUGAGAAGUUGGACUAUAUGAAGAAGAAUGGGGCAUCAGGAUUGAAGGAAGACUCAUUAACAACCUGCAAUAUGCAGAUGAUACAACCUUGCCUGCUGAAAGUGAAGAGGACUUAAAGCACUUACUGAUGAAGAUCAAAGACCACAGCCCUCAGGAUGGAUAACACCUCAACAUAAAACAAAAAUCCUCACAACUGGACCAAUAAGCAACACAAUGAUAAAUGGAGAAAAGAUUGAAGUUGUCAAGGAUUUCACUUUACUUGGAUCUACAAUCAAUGCCCAUGGAAGCAGCAAUCAAGAAAUCAAACGGCAUAUUCCAUUGGGCAAAUCCAUUGCAAAAGACCUCUUUAAAGUGUUAAAAAGUGAAGAUGUCACUUUGAGGAGUAACGUGCUCCUGACCCAAACCAUGGUAUUUUCAGUUGCCUCAUAUGCAUGUGAAAGCUGACCAAUGAAUAAGAAAGACUAAAGAAGAAUUGAUGCCUUUGAAUUUUGGUGUUGGCAAAAAAUACUGAAUAUACUAUGGACCGCCAGAAGAAGGAACAAAUCUGUCUUGGAAGUACAGCCAGAAUGCUCCUUAAAAGUGAAGAUGACAAGAUUUCGCCUCACGUACUUUGGACAUGUUAUCAGAAGGGACCAAUCUCUGGAGAAGGACAUCAUACUUGGUAAAGUAGAGGGUCAAUGAAAAAGAGGAGACCCUCAAUGAGAUGGAUUCACACAGUGGCUAUAGCAAUGGGUUCAAACAGAGCAAUGAUUAUGAGGAUGGGGCUAGAACAGGCAGUGUUUUGUUCUCUUGUACAUAGGAUUGCUGUGAGUCAGAACCAACUUGACAGCACCUAACAAAAACAAAAACAUGUUAUUUAUAAGGCGCCCUGGUGGUGCAGUGGUUAAGAGCUUGACUGCUAACUGAAAGGUCAGCAGUUCGAACCCACCAGCUGCUUUGUGGGAGAAAAAUCUGGCAGUUUGCUUCCUUAAAGUUUACAGCCUUGGAAACCUUAUGGAGCAGUUCUACUGUGUUCUGUAGGGUCACUGUGAAUCAGGAUUGACUCGAUGGCAAUUGGUUUGGUUUGGUUUUAUGUUAAUUAUGGAGCCCUGGUGCCGUACUGGUUAAGCAGUUGGCUGCUAACUGAAAGGUUGGUGGUUUGAAGCCACUAGCAGCUCUUCAGGAAAAAUAUGUGUGGCAGUCUGCUUCUGUCAAGAUUUACAAGCUUGGAAACCCUCUGAGGCAGUUUUCCUCUGUCCUGUAGGGUCUCUAUGAGUCAGAAUUGACUCGACAGCAAUGGGCAUGUUAGUUAUGCUUCUGUGAUAAAGGUGCUUUAAAAGCCUCAUCACAUACCCUGUCCUAGAAAUAGGCCUCUGAAAGUGAGGCCCUGGAUGGAGUUAUAACCCAUGUUCUGCACUCCAUUAAAUGAUGGCCAAGCCAGUUUUUAGCAGACAUUGGUCCUGGGCGACUUUCAAUGGGGCACCUAUUUGGGGGUUGUCUUCAUCAUGUAUUUCAGCACAUUUGGCACCAGGGAGUUAUCCCGUGCCUGGUCUUUUGGGAUGUGAAGAGAGAAAUGCUAAAGGUUAAAUUGUAUGAGAAAAUUCUGCUGCUUUUUUGUGUUGUUUUUUGUUCAGUGUAACAGUGAUUAAAGAUGCCAUGAGGUAGCCAGAUGCGAUUUAUGGAAAAUCUUAUCUGCAAAAGUCUUAAGUCAGACAGAGCACUAAAAGUUCUCAGUGCUUAUGUAACAUGCAAAAGGGAGUCAGGUCCCAGCUUUUGAACCUGAGCAACCCUUUGACAGGGGAGCAGUGCUCAGGCAGCAGAUGAAGAGUUACUCCUUGCCUUAUGCAUGACUCACCCUCCUCAGUGAACACCAGGGUUGUUCCAGUUUUUCUGCUUCUCUCCACCCCAAAGAUCUUGGUGUUUGGAAGCCACGUGCCUGCCCUCCCUAUCUGCCUUCUGCCCCCAGGUCCGGAAGAAGAAAUCUCAGUUGGCAGAGAGGCUAACUUAGAGGUUUUGUGGUCCUCUUUAAGCAUGACAGGAAGUAGUGCUGUUGCUUCUGUACUGCACAGACUCCCCGGAUGCACCUGCUCUUCCCAGAGGGGCUGUGAGCCACAUGGAUAGGGAUGGGGUACUGCUGGCCCGUCUGCCCUCCUCAGAAGCCUGAAUCCCAGCACCCAGGGGGGGCCAAUUAGAAAAAGCACCUGGGGCACAAGCAGUUACUAUAGCCCCAGAUCUGGGGUGGGCUUUGUUUGACUGCCCACUCUGCCUGAAAGGGCUCAGCAUCUUACCCCACUGCCCCCUGGGCUCCCAACAAGUUCUAACACAUUUUGAGUGCACGUUUUUUCUCGUCCUGUGGAGGCAAGCCCCAGUACAUCAAUUCAGACAGAUUCAGGCUUGUUGGUUCUUGUUUCCUAGAAGGACAAGUGCUCUGAAGAUUUGGUGUCAGCUCUAACCCAGGGGGUGCCUCUGAUUUUUAUGAAGGAAUAGAAAUGCACCUGAGAUGACCCCAAAUCCUUUUCUUUCAUUUUUUGGUUUCCUACCACCUGGACCAUUAAUUCUGCUUUCAAAGGGGGGUGGGGAAAGGAGAGCAUUUCAAAGCAAAGCUGAUUUGGUCUCUGAACCAGCUUGUCUUCUAGGUUGUACUUCAUCCUGAUGAGAAUCAGAAAGGACAGUCUAUAAGCCCCUGAAAUGCAGUUUCCAAUGAAACACGAAUAGGCCUUUCACUCUAGUGGCUCUGCAGCUGGAGAGCCCCAAAACCAGUUCCAGAUGUUCUCUCUCCCUGUGUUAGCAGGAAGGCAAUUUCGGGCAAGCUGGAAGGCAGAGUACAUUUGCUUUUACCCAUUCUCAGAGUACUCCAUUUGCAGUUCAUGGCUUUCCUCACAGGGUUCUUUAGGAAGAGUGCUAUGAAUACUCAGGUGCGGUGGGCCCUGCCCAGCACCUCUCACUCCUGAGUCAGGGCAUUUUGUACUGAGCUGGCCCCUUACUGCAAGCAAGAAAAGCCCCCUCCUGUUGUUCAGAGUCAAAAAGCAAGACAGUGCUGGGAAAGGGUCCUCCUGCAGAUGAUUGUCAGGUUAGCAAAGCAGUAUCCAUUGCCUCUUCAUCACCGUGCCUCUACUAGGACCUCCCCUUGUCCAGAAGAAAGCCAUGCUUGACUGAGCCUGGCCGUUCUGACUCCUUUCAUACAGCUUGUAUACAGUGUGUGAUGAUAGAAAUUUGUAUUCAUCAAUGCUUUGCUUUUUAAGUGUGCUUUUUUUUUUCACCUGUUGCUGUUUGUGCCUGACUGCCCCCAAAUCAUCUGUUUUUUUUUUUUAAAUAUUGUUAAAGUUUAAUAUUGUCUAAGUUUAAAAAUAUAUACACAAAUGUGAACUGUUCUAAAAAUACAGAUAAUGCAGAAAACCCUAAAGAAUCCUCAGGAAAACUACUGAAACUAAUAGAGGAGUUCAGCAGAGUAUCAGGAUACAAGGUAAACAUACAAAAAUCAGUUGGAUUCCUCUACACCAACAAAAAGAACAUCGAAGUGGAAAUCAUCAAAUCAAUACCAUUUACAGUAGCACCCAAGAUGAUAAAAUACUCAGGAAUAAAUCUUACCAGAGAUGUAAGAGACUUAUAGAAAGAAAACUACAAGACACUACUGCAGGAAACCAAAAGAGACCUACGUAAGUGGAAAAACAUACCUUGCUCAUGGAUAGAAAGACUCAACACUGUGAAAAUGUCUAUUCUACCAAAAGUGAUCUGUAGAUACAAUGCAAUUCCUAUCAAAAUUUCAAGAACAUUUUUUAGUGAGAUGGAGAAACAAAUCAACUUCAUAUGGAAGGGAAAGAGGCCUCAAAUAAGUAAGACACUACUGAAAAAGAAGGAUAAAAUGGGAGGCCUCACACCACCUGAUUUUAGAACCUAUUAUACUGCUACAGCAGUCAAAACAGCCUGGUACUGGUACUGGUACAACAAUAGAUACAUAGACCAAUGGGACAGAAUUGAGAAUCCAGACAUAAAUCCAUCCACAUAUGAAUAGCUGAUGUUUGACAAAGGCCCAAAGUCAGUGAAAUGGGGAAAAGACAGUCUCUUUAAUGAAUGGUGCUGGCAUAACUGGAUGUCCAUCUGCAAAAACAAUGAAACAAGACCCAUACCUCACACCAUGCAUAAAAACUAACUCAAAAUGGAUCAAAGACCUAAAUAUAAAUAUAAAACGAUAAAGAUCAUGGAAAAAAAAAUAGGGACAAUGCUAGGAGCCCUAAUACAUGUCAUAAACAGUAUACAAAACAUUACUAACAGUACACAAACACCAGAAGAGAAACUAGAUAACUGGGAGCUCUUAAAAAUCAAACACCUAUGCUCAUCCAAAGACUUCACCAAAAGAGUAAAAAGAUUACCUACAGACUGGGAAGAAGUUUAUAGCUAUGACAUUUCCGAUCAGCACCUGAUCUCUAAAAUCUAUAUGAUAUUCCAAAAACUCAACAAUAAAAAGACAAAUAACCCAGUUAAAAAGUGGGCAAAGGAUAUGAACAGGCAGUUUACUAAAGAAGACAUUCAGGUAGUUAACAGAUACAUGAGGAAAUGUUUCCAAUCAUUAGCCAUUAGAGAAAUCAAUGUUGGAGAGGUUGUGGAGAGACUGGAACACUUAUACACUGCUGGUGGGAAUGUAAAAUGGUACAACCACUUUGGAAGUUGAUUUGGCACUUCCUUAAAAAAUUAGAAAUAGAACUACCAUACGAUCCAGCAAUCCCACCCCUUGGAAUAUAGCCUAGAGAAAUAAGAGCCUUUACACGAACACGUGUAUGUAUACCCAUGUUCAUUGCAGCACUGUUUACAAUAGCAAAAAGAUGGAAGCCACCAAGGUGCCCAUCAACAGAUGAAUGGAUAAAUUAUGGUAUAUUCACACAAUGGAAUACUAUGCAUCCAUAAAGAACAAUGAUGAAUCUAUGAAACAUUUCAUAACAUGGAAGAAUCUGGAAGGCAUUAUGCUGAGUGAAAUUAAUCAGUUGCAAAAGGACAAAUACUGUAUGAGACCACUAUUACAAGAACUCAAGGAAUAGUUUAAACAGAGAAGAAAAUAUUCUUUGAUGUUUAUAAGAGUGGGGAUGGAGGGAGGGAGAGGGGUGUUCACUAUUUAGAUAGUAGACAAGAACCAAUUUAGGUGAAGGGAAAGACCACACACAGUACAGGCUAGGUCAGCACAACUGGACUAAACCAAAAGCAAAGAAGUUUCCAGAAUACAACCGAACACUUCUAAGGCCAGCGUAGCAAGGGUGAGUGUUUGGGGACCAUGGUUUCAGGGGACAUCUAGGUCAAUUGGCAUAAUAAAAUCUAUUAGGGAAACAUUCUGUAUCCUACUUUGGAGAGUGGCUUCUGGGGUCUUAAACACUAGCAAGCAGCCAUCUAAGAUGCAUCAAUUGGUCUCAACCCACAUGGAGCAAAGGAGAAUGAAGAACACCAAAGACACAAGGUAAUUAUGAGCCCAAGAGACAGAAAGGGCCACAUAAACCAGAGACUACAUCAGCCUGAGACUAGAAGAACUAGAUGGUGCCUGGCUACCACCAAUGACUGCCCUGACAGGGAAUACAACAGAGGAUCCCUAAGGGAGCAGGAGAACAGUGGGAUACAGACCUCAAAUUCGCAUAAAAAGGCCAGACUUAAUGAUCUGACUGAGACUAGAAGGACCCUAGAGGUCAUGGUCCCCAGACCUUUUGUUAGCCUAAGACAGGAACCAUUCCCAAAGCCAACUUUUCAGACAGGGAUUGGACUGGACUAUAAGAAAACGAUACCGGUGAGGAAUAAGCUUCUUGGAUCAAGUAGACACAUGAGACUCUGUGGGCAGCUCCUGUCUGGAGGGGAGAUGAGAGGGCAGAGAGGGGAUAGAAGCUGGCUGAAUGGACAUGGGAGUACAGGGUAGAGAGAAGAAGAGUGCUGUCUUAUUAGGGGGAGAGCAACUAGGAGUACAUAGCAAGGGGCCUAUCAAUUUUUGUAUGAGAGACUGACUUGAUUUGUAAACUUUCACUUAAAGCACGAUAAAAAUUAAAAUAUAUAUAUAAGCGCUUACAGUGUGUAGAAACUGUUCUAAAGACCUUGCAGAAAUUAUUUCUUUAAUCCUUGCAGCAAACCAAUUAGAUAGGCACUGUUAUUCCCGUUUUAAAGAAGGAAAUAAAAAUGACUCAUUCCUACUGGCCAUUUGUAAUCACCAAAAGGUUAGUAUUGGUCACCCUGUGUGUGUGUGUGGGCGUACACAGAUACACACAGACACACAUGCACAUACAUGCAUAUGAUUUUACAUGAAUGAGAGCACAGAUACUGCUGUUUAACCUUUUUUCACUCAACAGGGACCCAGAACAUCUUCCCAUUCAAAAAGUAAAUCAUCAUUUUUAACAUCUACGUAAUAUUAAAUUGCAUAUAUACCAUAAUAUACUUAACUAGUCCUCUAUUGCUGGAUGUUCAAGUGGUUUCAGAUAUUUUGCUAUUAUCAACAUCUUUCUACAUGUAUCUUUUCAUACUUGUAUAACUCUCUCCUUAGGGUUAAUUCCUAAAAAUUGGAUUAUUAGAUUAAACCAUAUGUACAUUUUCUAUUUUGAGACCUUACAAAUGACCUUGUAGGAGGUUAGAACAGUCUGUACUCCAGUUGACAGCGGUUGAGGGGCCCUUUUCUCCAACCCUCACCAAUGCUGGCAUUACUCAUUCAGAAGUGGCUGCUGUGCACCAGACGCUGUACUAGAACAAGUCGUUGUUACUCCUUUAAGUCUCUGAAUCUGAGAGGGGGAAUGUCUCAGUGUUACUACUUGUAUUUCUUUGAUAAUUAGGAAUAUCGAAUCAUCUUUUCAUAUUUUACUUGGCCAUUUGGAUUUCUUUUUUCUGGAUUACCUAUGGAUAUUCUUUGCCCCAAUCCUUUUUAAACCCCUUAGGUCAGGGUUUAAGUCUUACUUUUUAGUGUGUUUACUUGCUUUUGUUUAUUCUCUUCCUGUCUAGGUCCAGCCCUUUUACUAAAUGCAUUUAAUCAGUUUUUCAUCUGUAUAAGUGCAUAUCUUUCUUCCAGAUACCAAUGAACUGUAAGUUAGUUACUUGGUGAAGGUAAAUUAGAGUCUGCAUCAGAACUUUAUAAAGGAGUGCCAUCCCUGUGUUUACAGCUCUGCAGUCACCUGCUUCGGCAUCAAGAAUGAGGCUGUAAUCAGAUGGUUUGGGAUUGUAUUGGUGUGGCCUGUUAACUGGCCUUUAUCUUGUCAUUUGUUGUCUCCUAUUUCUUAAUAUUUGUGUACCACUAGUUCCUGUUGUAAAAUUUGGCAGAUUAGUACUGAUGCUGUAUGUUUUCAGAUUAAUACAAAUUCUGCUCUACCUUCAGGGAGGGCCCAGCUUGAGGCCAGACUUCCCCAGGAAGCCCAUCCUGACCUCUCUAAUGGGUAGUCCCAGACCUCUGUAACUCUUCCACAACCCACCCUUCCAUCACUGGUAUGUGGUCUAGAUGUCUUCCAUAGUCAUUUCAAGGAUGUCCAUCUUCCCGAUUGGGUUGUAAGCUUCGUGAGGUCAUGUUAUGGCCUUCUUUGGUAUUCCUCCAGGACCUCCAGAAUGCCGAGCACAGUGAUGAACUCAGUGUAUGUACUUAAAGAGCUUUUCAUCAACAAUAAAUACUCAGUAAGUUUACUGAGUCCAAGAGAAUCAGAAAGACCCAAGAUCAAGUUUGGCUUUGCUACUUACCAGCUAUGUGGCCUUAGACAAAUUUCAUAAUCUCUUUCAGACACAAUUUCUUUAUCCAUAAAAUGAGAUACUUACAAGAUACUUCCUUAAAAUGUUGUGAGGAUUACAGUGCUCAGUAUAUAGUCAGCACUCAGUAAAGGUAGUUACAUGGACCCUUGGUGUCCCAUAGCCUUGGUUCUGGAGUCUUCUCACCUAAGGUUGAUGGGAAAAUACAGGUGUAAUAGAGCUGAUGGAGAAAAUGAUACACUAAGUUUUUCAUGGGGUAUCCUCUAAGGCUUACCUGCUCUUCUUUGUUGAGUCUGAAUCAGGUUUUUCCAACAUGAUGCCUUAUAAUCAUUCAGGGACUUAGUACAAUGUCACAAGUUUAAAACACGCCAAUUUCUCUCUUAUGCUCUGCCAGUUUUUUUUUUUUUAUUAUUGGAGAAUGAGUGUGUGUGUGUGUAUGCUUAUAAAAUACUUGGAAGAAAUAAAGAUGGGAUCAGAUUUUGCCUGGCAUGGGAACUACCAUUUCUAGUAGCUUCUAAGCAUUUUGCCAAACAGACUUUAAUUGGUUUCGUUCAAUACUAUUUUCAUUUUGUAGUCAUUUUAAUGUAUGGGGAACCAACUCCUUCAAAUGAGACAUUUUGUCGUUAAAACAUGUUAUUUCCUUUAACUGCCGUGGGCCCAGCUUCAGCAACCUUGAGGACUGUGAAGGAGGAUUCUGAGCAGUUCUUCUCUCAGGACCUAACCACAGCAGUGACCUACCAGUUGCAAUGCACAUGGACCAAAACAGAGGCAGGCUGAGCAGCCAAGUGUCGCCUGCAUUGUGGGCUUGGUGUCUCUACUUCAUGAUGCCAGGUCCUGUCCUGCCCAGCUCCUUGCCUGCAUGUGGUGGCCCUCAGCCCUGCUGUGGCAUGUGGCACGAGAGCCCUUCUGGCCUGCAUUACUCUGUGUGCUGAUUAGACAGGAAUCAGCAAAUCUGUUGAGUGCAUGUUUAAUGUGACACAGAUGUGGGACAUACUGCAGAUCUUUCUGCUUUACAAAUUUUCAACUUUUUGCAUUUCAUCAGUGUUGCUUAUUAUUUACAGAAUGUAACUUGAGACAGCAGAACAGAUUGUCAUUUUUAAAAAGAUUUGGGGGGUGAUGGGGCCUCAGGGGAUCUGGGAGAAAAAAAUCCAGUAGUGUGAAAUGUUGUUUGCUGUCCAGACCAAACAAACCAGUUUGCCAGGGGCUGAUGGACUAUGACAAUCAAUCCAAUUUAUGUUAACACUGGUGGCACUUAAUUAAGAGGCAGUUUGACCUUCUUAUCACCAAAUAAAGAAUAAUCCUUUGUCAUGAGUUUGAACAUCGUGGCACCGAGAAAUGUGCCCCUUUUCGAAGCACUGAAAGGGUGUCCCUGAGCUGCCGGCUUGGGUUCUACUUCCUUCCUGUUUAAAGAAAAAGGGCACCAUUGAACCCCAUCCCCAUUCAGACACAGGAUGUUCUUCUUGCCUUGUUCCUGCUGUGGGCUUAGACUCAGACUCUGUGGCAAGAGCCAGAACAAACAGCAAUCUCUUCUUUGCCUGAGAAGUCCAGGAUAUUCUGAGGGCAUUGGAAUGAUGGGCAGAGCCAGCUUGACACAAGUCCAAAGAAAAGGUGCCAUCUCUUGUCUCUAGAGGGACAGAUUUGGCUAGAGGUGGUCUUGGCUUCUGAGAAGGCUCCACUGUAGAUUAUACUUGAAGGCAGACAAUUUUAAGAUCACCAGCUGGUCAGCAGGGAGAUGAGGAGGAGUAGGUGAUUGGUUGUUUCUUUUAUGUUUUUAGGUCAAAAGAAACUGAAACUUGGGCCUGAAGUAAUGAAAGCCCAAUAAAAUCCUUUUAAAAAGCCCAAUAAAAUUCAUUUUAAAAAAUGAAAGCCUAAUAAAACUCUUUGAAGAGCAUUCUCUUUGGGAUUUGAGCUAGUGCAGAGAAUUGAUCACCUUGGUCAGGAGGUUCUGAGCUAUUUUAAGUGCUGAAUGUCAAGACUGCACUUGACACGCCUUAGGGAGCCAGGCCCCUGAGCAGAUUCCAGGGUGCAGAGCCCCGCUGCUCUUUGCCUUCCUGGAAAAGUUCAGGAGAACGGUCCCUUGAGACCACCAGGCAGCUUGCUAUCCAGGUGCCCUCUGGGAGAACGUGACCCGGGUCAUAACUUUCUAGAGUCCUUCCAGGAUAGAGCGAUCAGCAUUCCGGUGCUCCAGGCAUUCCUGGGCUGUUACCAACUCCCAGCUUUUUCUGGUACAGGCUCAGAGGAGGUGUCCACCACAGACUGCCCCUUCCCCGCUCCCUUGGUUUCAGGAGCAGCAAGCAGCUUUGGCUCCCCAUCACAUGUUCUGACACAGCCUUGUGGCCAUUGGUCUACUUAUUUAACACGUGUAUUGAGCACCCACUCUGUGCCAGGCACAGUUCUAGGUGCUGAGGGACAACAAUGAGCAGAUGGGACAAAACCCCUGGCUCCAUGUACAUUCCAUUUGAUACCUAUCAGCAUUUCCAGCCCAUGGCUUCGUUUAGAACAGGAGGCCCUUCCCGUGGGAGAGGUUGGUGGCUGGAAAGAGGGUCCAUCACUGGCUGGCUCUGCAACCCUCCAAGGGUCCCAGUUUCUCCCUCUAUGACCUGAAGUCUAACCCUCUAUGACCUGAAGUCUGACAGCAGGGCCUAAACAGGCCCUAUUUAACCCAAGUCUGGCAGCUGUGCGUGAACCUUCAUUCUCAUAAGAGUUUUUGGUUCUCAGUGUUCUUGUCACUUUUUGAAGCAUCUUGUUCCCUCUUUCUCCCUCUUUCUCCUUUGCCCCCCUCACCCUCCACCAUACUCUCUCUGAUUCUAAAAGGGCACAUGUAAAUCCUCUAGGCUAAGCAAAUGAGCAGUCUUGACAAAAACAAAGCACAAAGGGGACCCCUCAGUAGGGUGGGGCACCCCAUACCUGCCUGGCUUUGGUUGUCAAAGAAGGGCUCUUAGGUAAUUGAGUUUGAAAGCCCUGGGGGAGGUGCCAUGGGACUCCCCCCUGUAAUGCUAGGGACACAUCCCUUCCCCCACUUCAGUCAGGGUCACUCUCCGGUUCUUAUCCAUUGUAUUUUUUUACGGUUACCUUAAAAGCUUCACUUAGAAAAAGUGUUCUACCACUAAACCAACUUCUGAAAAUCCCCACCAUGGUGAAUUUUAUUAAUAAUAAUAUUCUAAAAAUUCAUUCCAAUUCUAAGAACUUGAUAUUUGGCAUAAUUUAUUGAAUGGCUAAGUUGAUUCCUCGGGGUCUUUUAAAAAAAAAAAAAGG